UUUUUAUCAUUGCUGUCAGUUCAUGCUCUGCUUAAUUUGCUAUAAAAAGGCAAAAAUCCAUUGAAAAAUAUCAUUUAGUGUUUUUUCUUCAAAGUGAACGGAACUCUAAAAAAUGGCACAAGCAAAAUCUGAAUUUAAGCAGCAGAAAAAUAUUCCAAUCAAAAAUAAAAAAAUAAAAAAAAAUAAAAUAGUGAAACCACAAAAAAUAAAAAGCAAUCCAAAGAAAUUUGUGAAACUUGCUAAUGAAUCAAUGCAGUCGCAAGUGAAAGCAGCAGCAGGGAAUCAAGGAAAGAAAUCACUUGGCGUCAAGCGCAAGCAACAAGAUGUGGACAACGGGGUGAAGAAGUUUAAGAAUAACAAGGAUCAAUCAAUACUUCGUGUGCAUAAUUCUAAUAACACCAUUCAGAAAGAGGUAAAAGAUUCUUCAUUGAAACUCAUAAAAAGCAGUGGUUCAUUGAAACAAGACAAUCUUAAGAUCCAAUCUCUAGAUGCCAAGAAGAAGUCAGUUGUGAAGAUGGGAAAAGUUGAGACGUCAGAGCAGAAUACCGAUAUAAAGAAAAUGGAUAUUAAAUCGUCACAUUGCUCUGAAAGUAUUGAGAAAAUUCCUUCAGCGCAGCAAGCAACGGGAUGUCGGAAGGGAAAGAAUAAAAUAUUAAAACAGAUGUUGGAAAACACUAAGCAAGAGCCAACUCAACCAAAUCCAAGUAAACAAAAGACGGUCGCUGGCAGCAGCAAAGAUAAUUUUACACAACUGGAUAACGCAGAAAAGAUUCUCUUAGUACAGAAAGUUCGAUCUCGUCGUCGUAAGAAACAAGCCAUGUCCCAGAUAGUUACUCAACUGUCUACAGUUAAGCACGGAUUUCCAAAUAACAAGAAUAGUUCAGAAGAGGUGGAAAACAUGAAGCCAACUCAACCUCAACCGAAAUUGAAGGAGAAAUCGGUCCAAAAAUCAAAGAAUGUAAAAGAGAUCGUUGUCGCCCCGAUAUCAGACACUUACUUAUUCGGAUCGCUUAAAGUAAAGCAAGGCGGAAUCCACAAGAAGGAUAAGCAAGAUGAUUGCUUGGAAAAUUUGAAAAAACAAAAGAAUCUAAACAUUGUGCAAGAGCCAAUCCAGCAAACAACUAAUUCUCUAAAGAAGAAAUCUGACACAUCGCUAGACGCAAAUCAAAAGCAGAAUGAACAGUUCAAUUGUGAAAAGAUUCCGAAAGAAAAUAGAGAUAUGGAGAACUCAAAAAGAUCCAAGCCACAAAACCUUGCUCAGCAGCCAAUUAAACCGGAGGCAAUUAAAAAAUCUCAAUCUGGGUUAUUCCCGAAGAUUUCUCCUAUUAAGCAAGUGCAAAUUGGAAAACAGGAUAGAAAAACUAAAGAAAAGCAGGUCAAUUUCAGUGAAGAGCUUAAAAGCAUUUUACAGAAGCAAAUGAUUAAUAUUGCCGAACAGAAGAAAACUGAAGAAGAUAAGCAGAACAUUUUGAAAGAAAUUGAAGAUAACCUCGAAAGUAUUGCCCAGAAGUCAAUCAAAGAGAAGGACUCCGAUAGUUCGCAAUCUGGGUUAAAGAAAAAAAAGAAGCAUGACAAAUGUGAAAAGAUUUCUAAAGGAUCCAAGCCAGAAAACCAAGCUUUGAAUCCAAUCAAAAUGAAGAAGGCAGAGGCAUCGCUGACUUGGUUCAUCGAAGAGAUUGUUCCAGAAAAGCAAGUCCUUUUUGAGAAACAGAAUCAAGAUACUUGUGGGAAGAAAUCUGAAGACAAGCGGGACAACUUCAAGGAAAAUUUAAAAAAAGCAAAGUUCGAAAACAUUGAACAGGAGCCAAUUCAGCAAUCUAUUAAUGACCAAAAGAAAAAUUCUUUGACAUUGCAAGACAUAAUUCAAAACCAGAGUAAAGAAAACAAUAAUCACAAAAUGCUAAAGGAAAAUCAGGACACUUACGUGAAGAUUUCGAAAGGAUCCAAGUCAGAACACAAAGCUUUGAAGCCAAUCAAAAUGAAGAAGGCAGAGGCAUCGCUGACUUGGUUCAUCGAAGAGAUUGUUCCAGAAAAGCAAGUCCUUUUUGAGAAACAGAAUCAAGAUACUUGUGGGAAGAAAUCAGAAGACAAGCAGGUCAACUUCAGUAAAAAGUUUAAAAGCAUUUCACAAAAGCAAGUACAGCAAAUGAUUAAUAAUGUCGGACAGAAGAAUACUGAAGAAGAUAAGCAGAACAUUUUGAAUGAAAUUCAAGAUAACCUCGAAAAGAAAUCCAGAGGAUCCAAGCCAGAAAGCAUUGCCCAGAAGUCAAUCAAAGAGAAGGACUCCGAAAGAUCGCAAUCUGGGUUAAGGAAAAAAGAAAAGCAUGUUAAUUGUGAAAAGAUUUCGAAAGGAUCCAAGCGAGUAAAUAAAGCCUUGAAGCCAAUCAAAAGGAAGAAGGCAGAGGCAUCGCUGAAUGGGUUAAUCGAAGAGAUUGUUCCAGUAAAGCAAGUCUUUUUUGAGAAACAGAAUCAAGAUUGUUGUGAGAAGAAAUCGGAAGACAAGCAGGACAGCUUCAAGGAAAAUUUAAAAGAAGCAAAGUUUGAAAACAUUGAACAGGAGACAAUUCAGCAAUCCAUUAAUGACCAAAAGAAAAAUUCUUUGACAUUGCAAAACCAGAAAGAAGAAAACAAUCACAAAAUGUUAAAAGAAAAUCGGGACACUUACGUGAAGAUUUCGAAAGUAUCCAAGCCAGAAAACAAAGCUUUGAAGCCAAUCAAAAUAAAGAAGGCAGAGGCAUCGCUGACUUGGUUCAUCGAAGACAUUGUUCCAGUAAAGCAAGCCCAAUUUCAGAAACAUGAUCAAGAUAGUUGUGAGAAAAAAUCGGAAGAGAAGCAGGUCAACUUCAGUGAAAAGUUUAAAAGCAUUUCACAGAAGCAAAUACAGCAAGAAGAUAAGCAGAACAUUUUGAGAGAAAUUCAAGAUAACCUCGAAAAGAAAUCCGGAGGAUCCAAGCCAGAAAGCAUUGCCCAUAAGUCAAUCAAAGAGAAGGACUCCUAUAGAUCGCAAUCUGGGUUAAAGAAAAAAGAAAAGCAUGACAAAUCUAAAAAGAUUUCGAAAGGAUCCAAGCCAGAAAACGAAGCUUUAAAGUCAAUCAAAAGGAAGACAGCAGAGGCAUCGCUCACUGGGUUAAUCGAAGAUAUUGUUCCAGUAAAGCAAGCCCAAUUUCAGAAUCAGGAUCAAGAUAGUUGUGAGAAGAAUUCGGAAGACAAGCAGGUUAACUUCAGUGAAAAGUUAAAAAACAUUUCUCAGAAGCAAAUGAUUAAUAAUGUCGGACAGAAGAACACUGAAGAAGAUAAGCAGAACAUUUUGAGAGAAAUUCAAGGUAACCUCGAAAAGAAAUCCAGAGGAUCCAAGUCAGAAAGCAUUGCCCAGAAAGCAUUGUCAACCAAAGAGAAGGACUCCGAUAGAGUGCAAUCUGGGUUAAAGAAAAAAGAAAAGCAUGACAAAUGUGUAAAAAUUUCAGAAGGAUAUAAGCCAGAAAACGAAGCUUUGAAGCCAAUCAAAAGGAAGACAGCAGAGACAUCGCUGACUGGGUUAAUCGAAGAGAUUGUUUCAGUAAAGCAAGUUCAAUUUCAUAAACAGGAUCAAGAUAGUUGUGAGAACAUUUCGGAAGACAAGCAGGUCAACUUCAGCGAAAAGUUUAAAAGAAUUUCACAGAAGCAAAUACAGCAAAUGAUUAAUAAUGCCGAACUGAAGAAAACUGAAGAAGAUGAGCAGAACAUUUUGAAAGAAAUUCAAGAUAACCUAGAAAAGAAAUCCAGAGGAUUCAAGUCAGAAAGCAUUGCCCAGAAAGCAUUGUCAACCAAAGAGAAGGACUCCGAUAGAGCGCAAUCUGGUUUAAAGAAAAAAGAAAAGCUUGACAAAUGUGAAAAGAUUUCGAAAGGAUCCAAGCCAAAAAACAAAGCUUUGAAGCCAGGGAAGACAGAAGAGGCAUCGCUGACAAAGUUAAUCGAAGAGGUUGUUCCAGAAAAGCAAGUCCUUUUUGAGAAACAGAAUCAAGAUAGUUGUGAGAAGAAAUCUGAGGACAAGCGGGACAGCUUCAAGGAAAAUUUAAAAAAAGCAAAGUUCGAAAACAUUGAACAGGAGCCAAUUCAUCAAUCCAUUAAUGACCAAAAGAAAAAUUCUUUGACAUUGCAAAACCAGAAAGAAGAAAACAAAAUGUUAAAAGAAAAUCGGGACACUUACGUGAAGAUUUCGAAAGGAUCCAAGCCAGGAAAUACAAAUUUGAAGCCAAUCAAAAAGAGGACAGCAGCAGAAGCAUCGCUAACUGGGUUAAUCGAAAAAAUUGUUCCGGUAAAGCAAGUAAGGAUUCAAAACUGGGAUCAAGAAAAUGGUAAAAAUAAAUCAAAAGAAAAAUAUGAAAAUAUUACACAGGAGCUAAUUAACAAAACAACAAAUGGAAAACAGGAAGAAGUUCAAUAUGACUUAAUCGGAAGGAUUGUUCCUAUAAAACCAGUCGCAAUUUGUAAAGAGAUAAAUUGUGAGACAAAUUUGAAACAAUCCAAGCCAGAAAAUACUACGCUGCAUCAGAACUGUGUGAAUAAUAUAAAGCCUGAAGAGAGUUUCAAAGCGCAAAUCUCCAAGAGUCCACUGAACCAAGUCUAUGAUGAUCAGUCAAAGCAAAUUAAUUGCUCGGAGAAAAUUAUAGAAAAGAGUGCGCAGAAACUAAACGAGCAAGUAAAUAUUACACAAGAAAUGAGAGUCGAAACAUCUGGGUCUGGGUUGAUCGGGCGUAUUCUUCCAGUAAUGCAAGUCGUAAUUGAUGAAGAGGAAAACAAGCGGGACAGUUGCACGAAAAAUUUAAAGAGAAAGCGAGAACCAAUUGAAAUGCAGGCAGUCCAACUGGAAAAUAAUGUACAAAAAGUGAAAUCGGUCAAAUCGGAGGGAAAAAAGCUUAAAAUAUCUAAUUUGGUAAAGCCUACACAACUCGUAGCUCCAGGAAAGGUUACAAUUUGCCAGAGUGACACUAGGAUAACAAGCCGCAACUGUGAUAAUAAUAUAUCACCACUACAGCAGGAAAAUUCAGCAGAGCAAAAUCAACUGCACCUAUCUAUGGAUGAGAUGCUAAACGAACGUUGGCGGAUGAUGAAAGCCAAAGUUGAGAAGAGUGAAAACAAAAUACGCUCCCAGUUCAUGCGAUGUACUGAGUAUGUAUUGACAAAUGAAGGAACGGAGGAAUUGAUCGAGGAGCCAAUGCAAACUAUGAAGGCUGACGAAAUAAAGCAAACAUCAUUGAUAGGAAAGUUAAAGUCACUGUUGAAACGCCGCCUGACCUGCCAUUUUUAAAUAGCCAUUUUUUUUUUUAACUUUGAUUUUUUCAAUUGUACAAUGUAAAAGUAAAAUACGUUGACAAUUUGUUUUUGGAUUUGCUCUUUUGCAUUAAAUGAUUAACCAAUACUA